GUUUUCUCAUUCCAGAUUCAUUUAUGAAGAUUGCUGCCUUAGUGCGGAGGAGCAGAAGAUUGCCUCUGUAUAAAGGUUUAAGACAGGAGACUAAAGUGUGGCUAAAUGAUAUGAAUUGCCCUUUUAUUAUUUCAUGUCUUUUGAAACUGUGCCAAAUAUUUGGAGUUAAUGAAAAAAGAAGGACAGGUGGAUGAUUGAAGAAUUUUUAAUGUGCAGUUAACCUUCAGUUGGCCUUAAAAAUGAAUGGCAUUUUGAGCCCAGAGUGCACCUUGACAUGCCGUUCACAACAGCAUGGUUCACAGAUAACUGCUGCAAUAAUAAGGGGCACAGAUGCACAGGCCAUUAGCUACAUAAAG